AUGGCGCUUCGGUCGCAGUUCUGGGCGCUGCUAUCCAUUUGCAGAAAUCCCGAGCUCGGGGCUGCUGCCCUCUCAACCCAUGCCAAGCCGGCGACGAAGCCUGAAGCGAACCCUGUGGAUAACGAAGCCGUGGCCCCCGAAUUCACCAACCGGAACCCCCGGGAUCUGGAGCUCUUCGCAGUCGCCAGGAAAGAACGGGGCUGGAAGACGGAGUGGCCCUCUCGGGAGUUUUGGCACAGGUGGUUACAAAUCGGGCUGCGAACCUUAAGGACUCAGCAUCAUACAGAAGCAUUUGUUGAGCAUCUAAGUGGCCAGAUUGUGGUUUCGGCAUCCACUCGUGCAUGGGCUAUCAAAAAGCACCUAUAUAGCACCAGAAAUGUGGUGGCUUAUGAGAGUGUAGGCAGGGUGCUGGCAGAGCGAUGCUUACAGGCAGGAAUUAACUUCAUGGUCUAUCAACCCACCCCUUGGGAGGCAGCCUCAGACUCGAUCAAACAACUGCAGGAAGCAAUGACAGACAGUGGUGUGGUGCUCCAGGAGCCUCGGAGAAUCUACCAAUAA